AAAAUGUCAUCCACUAACCAACGUCAAAAUGGCGAGAAACCCGACGAAAAAAGCUCGCAAAAAACCCCGUUUUACUCUAAUUAAACCCAAACCGAAGCCCAUUUACCAAGCGCAGCUGACUAGAUAUCCGAUAACCCCUUUCGAAACCUUCAAAUACGACUUCAUCGACUACCAGCAGCUGGAAAACUACCUAAAAUGCAUGGAAACGAAGUUUCCAGCCGCGCUAAAGCUGCACGUAUUAGGGGAAUCCCGCCAGGGCAGGACCAUCUACAUGGCGGCCAUUUCGAACGGCCGCCGGGCCGACGACAAGAUGGCGGCGCUCGUCGAAGCCGGCUCGAACGGCUCGGAUUCCAUCGCGAUCGCCUCCGCCCUUUUCCUCGUCGAUUUCCUCUCCAGAGACCGCAAACUCGCCGAAUUGACCGAUUAUUACGUAGUGCCCUGCUCGAAUCCCGACGCCUAUGACAGGCACGUCAAACGUCAACGGUGCGGCGACAGCGCCAAAGGAGAUGGAGAAUCGAUUCGGAUGCAUUUGUGCAACAACUUCCCUCUGUUACUAGGCAUCGUGGAUAUGGAUUGUGUGGGUACCAGUGAGUUUUUGGCGGCGUUGAAAACCUGGAAAAGCAACCUGGAAUUCGACGCGCCUACUACGAAAGCGAUUUGCAAGGCUCUCGCUGUCGAUGCGCCGAUAAAAUUGUUUGUUUCCUUGCAGGAAAACGGCCAUUUUCUAAGUUAUCCGUUCGGGUGUUUCCCCCAAGCGUUUCCAGAUGAAGAUGUGAAAAGGGCCGGUAGAUUUCCCUUGUGCGAUUUGGAGAAAUUGAAUCGGUUACGAACCGGUUCGGUGUACCAAUUGAGCGGAUUGACGUUCGGAACUGUCGUGGAUUAUAUUAGAUUGACGUAUGACAGUUUGAAAUUUUCGUAUAUUUUGCAUUUAAGAGACAGGCGCGUGAAGCCCCGAGUCGAGGAUAUUUUGCCCUAUGGAAACGAUACGCUUAAAUGCGUUAAAUAUCUGGCGAGGAACGUGUUUUUGUAUUACAAUAAAGACAAAUUGAAGAAAUUGGAUAGCGGGUGAUUUUUUUGAAAGGUUUUGACAAUUGAUUUGACGUUGACAUUUUGAUAUUGACAUUGACUUUUCAUAUAGGAGAAGGUUUUAUAUGUCAAGUUGUACAUUUGUAAAUUAGAA